GGUGAGGGCCCAGGGCCAAGAUGGCGGCGGCGGUGAGGGGGCCGGCCUGCGCUCCUCCUGGUCCUCGUCCUCGCCCUGCUUGGCGGCGGAGGGAGCCCUCGGUGCGGCUGCAGGGGGCGGUGAGCGGCGGCGCGGAGCCCUUGGCCUGGUCCCAGGACAACCGCCUGGCCGUCAGCGCCGCCCGAAGCGUGGCCGUGCUCGAGCAGCUCAGCCGGGAGGCCCCCCCGCCGCAGGGAGACGGGCCGGCCUUGGCCCUCCAGGCCCUCGCCCAGCCCGGGCUCCUCCUCCACCGCACCGCCCUCCCGGCCCCCGCCCGCGCCUGCCCGCUCACGGUGGGUCCCAAGAAGGAGGUAUCCGAGUGCCGGGAGAAGUUUGCGAGCUCGCCAGACCCGUGGGUGAGCCAGGCCUUUAUGCUGGACCGGACGUUCAACCCAGAGGGGAAGGAGCUGCCCCCGCUGCGGGGCUACAAGUACUGCUCCUGGUCACCCUUGGGCUGUGAUGCCAACGGCCGCUGCCUCCUGGCCGCCCUGACCCUGGACAACCGCCUGACUGUCCAGGCCAACUUGGACCGGCUGCGCUGGGUGCCACUGGUGGACCUGACCCAGCUGUAUGCGGAGAGGCUGCUGGAGAGUGGCUUCCGGCCGGGCCGAGCAGAGGAUGGGGCACCCCCGGCCGGUGCACUGGAGGACUUGGCGGAGUUCCGCCGGCGGCACAGCAUGCAGCUCCCUGUGCGCAUGGAGUGGUCGGGCCUCUGCACCACACAGCAGGUGCAGCGCAACCUAGAGUGCCGCGACGAGGGCAGUGUGCUGCUGGCUGUGCUCUUUGAGAGCGGGGAGGUGGCCGUCUGGCAGUUCCGGCUGCCCUUCGCCGGGAAGGAGUCCAUCUCCUCUUGCAGCACCGUGGACUCCGGCCUGACCUCCCCCAGCUCCCUCUCCUGGUGGGAGUAUGAGCAUGGCGGGCGGCGGAUGAGCGGCCUGAUUGUGGGUAGCGCCCUGGGCCCUGUCAAGCUGCUCCCAGUCAACCUGAAGGCUGUCAAGGGCUACUUCACCCUGCGGCAGCCGGUGGUGCUGUGGCCGGAGGAGGACCGGCUGCCGGUGCAGAGCCUGCGCAGCGUCCCGCUCUUCCACCCCUUCCAGAAGUGUCCCUGCAGCCUGGUGCUGGCUGCCCGGGGCUGCUAUCUCUUCUGGUGCCUGCUGCUCAGCUCCAAGACUGGCCUCAACGUCCACAACGCCCACGUCACAGGCCUCCACACCCGGCCCAUCGUUUCCAUGGCUGUUGACCGGCAGGAUGGCACCGUCUACACCUGUUCCCUUGAUGGGCGGGCCCAGCGCCUGGUCCCCAUUUUCACCGAGGCGGCACUGAGGUUUGAGCACCAGUUGCUUGACCUUUCGGAGGCUUUGGGCCCCAUCCGGACUCACGGCAUUGCCCUCAGCCCCUGUGGGGCCUACCUGGCAGCCGUCACCAGCGAGGGCAUGGUGCGCGGCCUCCAUCCUGUGGCCAAGAGCUACCAGGUCCAGUUUGUGACCCUCAAGACCCCAGAGGAGGCGGCGGCCCAGCUGCUGGAGUCCCCCUCCCAAAGCCUCUUCCGGCAGGUGGACCUCCUGGACCUUGUCCGCUGGGAGGUCCUGAAGGAGAAGCGCAUCCCACCAUUCCUGCAGGAGGCCCUGGAGAGGAAGCUGGAGGGCAGCAGCAUCCCUUCCCCGUACUACUGGCGUUUCAAGCUCUUCCUCCUGCGGGUUCUGCACCAGUCACUGCAGAAGGCGCCUGCCGAGGCUCUGUGGCGGCCCAGCCACGAAGACACCAAGGCCCCCAGACCCGCCUCCGGGGGAGAGGAGGUGGCAGAGGAGGAGGAGGAGGAGGAGGGAGCACCGGAGCCGCUGGAGCAGCGCCUGCGUGAGAUCCAGGCCCAGGUGGAGGCCGUGGAGAUGCACCUGACGCGGGAGCACAUGAAGCAGGUCCUGGGCGAGGUUUACCUGCACACCUGGAUCACAGAGAACACCAGCGUGCCCACCCGUGGCAUCUGUGACUUCCUGUCCUCCGACGAGGGACACCAGGACCGCACGGCUCAGGUGCUGAUUGGGCAUAUCUUGAAGAAGAUGAACAAACAGACCUUUCCGGAGCAUUGCAGCCUCUGCAAAAAGAUCCUGCCCUUUGCCGACCCCAAGCAGGCCGUCUGCCCCAACGGACAUGUCUGGCUCCGGUGCUUCCUGACCUACCAGGCCUGCCAGAGCCUGGAGUACCGCCGGUGCCUCCUCCGUGACAGCAUCGCCCGGCAUCCCACCCCGGAAGAUCCAGAAUGGAUCAAGAGGCUCUUGCAGGGGCCGUGCACGUUCUGCGACUCCCCCGUGUUCUAGAGAGCGGCUUCUGUCUGGGAAUGGCUGGCGGAGGGAGAGGCGCCGUGGGCUCGAGUCCCAUCAGCCGAAGCAGCUGGACUGCCCGGAGCUGCAUUUCAGGGCUUCUCCUAGGAAACCUCCCGGCAGGUGUGUUUGGUGAAACUUUGGCUAAAGGGUUCUGAGGAAGAGGACGCUCCAAAGGCCAGGCUGGAGUGAGCCGGAUUGUGUCUGGAAAAUUAAGUUAUUACCAAGGAUGAAUGUGUGUGGAAAGACCCCCUUCAUCAUCCCUGCAAUUGAGGGAAUGCAGCAGAAGGCGGCCUUCUUCUCCAGGCUCGUUGCCUUUCCCUCCUCCUUCCCCCUUUGGGACUCUUACAAGGGCAUUGCGGUCUCCAAAGGGGAGCUGCCAUGAGCCUCGGUUUCCCCUCUGGGAAGAGCGCCUCCCAGGGAUCCCUGCAGGCUUCGCUCCCUCGAAGGUGUCGGAGGCUCUUGAUUGCCGAUUCGGCGGCUGGGUUAAUUGGAUUAAAACGGUGUAAAAGGCUAAUUAAAUAUUGAACAAUGCCUCCUUGCGGCGGCGGCGGCUGCAGCAAUUUGCCGAGUGAGUCAAUCCCUGUCCGUUAAACACGACACAGAUGGGUUAAAAUAGCAAGCAGUUCGUUGAGGAUAAUAAAAGCCAAAGCAAUAAAAAGUAAUCCACAGUAAAAAGGGAAAUCCAAUUGAUUCAAACUCCCACUGUCCGUCAGCACCAAGGAAAGAAGGAGUCCGGAUUGCUGGCAGCGGGUCACAUUGAGGCACUUCCUCCUCCGAAAUUAGGGCCUUAAUCAGGAGGCGGGGCCAGAUUCCCCCCUUGAGACGUGGUGUCAACGCAUGCCUCUCGGUGGCAGAACGGUCCGUAGUUUUCUCCUCGUCUUCAGGCUCCUUCCGAGCGAUUUCGAUCUCCGUCUCUCCUUCCCGAAGCGGUUCAGGUUUCCUCCUUUGACCUAAUUGGGCUUUUUGUAUCUCGUUUUGAAAAAAGGGGGGAAAUGUUUAAUACAUGAGAGGCGUUAAGUCAACUAAGCGGCGUUUAAGUUACCGAUCUGACCGGACGGCUGGUGCGCUCUCCCCGCCAGGCCCCUCCCACACAUAGGAAUAUUCAUGAUUUAUUUAUAUGUAUGUGUGUAUAUAUAUAUGUGUGUAUAUAUAUGGUUGACUCUGUCGGUGAACGUGGAAUGUGUUUUGUACACUGCGAAGGCAGCCCCCAUUGACGUGGAUCCCUGUCCCAAUAAAAGGAAAUCACAUCAA